CAUUUCCAAGUCAGGAUGGUGUAUCUUUCAGAGGGGAAUUUGCAGGCAACAGGAGCAGACCAAGUGGUUGGAAUGGGCCUGGUGGGGUUCAGCUUAGUCGUUUUCACAUACUACACAAUCUGGGUCAUUGUUUUGCCAUUUGUGGAAAGUAGCCAUGUUCUUCACAGUUAUUUCCUGCCGCGUGAGUAUGCUGUGAUCUUGCCUGCAGUUGCUGGUCUUCUCCUGGUUUUAUUAGUUGGAACAUUUAUUGCUGUUGUUAUGUGGAAAAGCAGGAAACCUGCAAAGAAAACAGAUUAGACAGGAUUCAGAGAGAGACAACAGAUCAUCCCAAUGUCAGCUCGUCCAGGUCAGAAAACGGAUUAAGCAGAGGAUUUACAUACAGACAGCGGAUUAACAAACUUUUCUGCUUUGAGAUGCCACCUUACUGUCGUUUAUUGACUGUCUCUUGUGUUCCAUCAAUGCUUUAUUCCAGUCAGCUACGGGAUUCAGCUGAUGCCAGAUUUGGAACAGUGCCCUCUUGUGUCAGUCUGCCUGUAAUUCCACUGUUCAAUUUGAGCAUCAUACUUAGUCGGACAGAAACACGUGUAUACGCAAAAAAAAUUAGUUUUAUUUGUGUAAUAUUUGGAUAAAAUUAGGAUUCGUGAAUUAUUCCUACUUAUAGGAGAAGCUGAAUUGUUUAAUUUUUGUACACUGAAGAUGCUGCCAGAAAUAGCUCCUCUUAUCAAGCACAGUUGAGCUGCCUGAAAUAUUGUGGAGCUUGAGAAAGCACUGGGGAAAGAGCUAAGCGCAAAAAACUGCAUUCACCAAUUCCAAAGACUAUUUUUCAAAUGUUAUAAUGAUGUGUUAUCUUUUAAAACAUACUGCGAAACUAAGUUGCUGACGCUUCACUGAGGUUUAGUCUGCAGUACAACGGAAACGCAGCAACUUCUCCCAUCUUUAGGAACGCACUUGCGAGAAUACUGUGGCAGUUAUUACACAUUAUAGGUGCUGAAUGAAUGGAAUGUACCAGUAUAUUCAUUCAGUAACUGCUGCAUUAAAUGGCAAGCUACAAAUUGCACUCUAAACCUCAGGGUGAAACAGAGUACCUUCAGUUGCUCUUGUACAAAGUGCGUGCUGGCUGACAAAGUUAUAAUUGUUUUGUGUGGUAUUAGGAGGGUUCUAUUAUCACAGCAUUGUAAAUACUCUGGUUAUAAAGAAUCUGAGAGGGGUCAAAGAGGAUCACUUGAGCUUAUGUUUAAAUCCAGCAUCUUGUUUCCCUGGAUUUUUAUUUAAUACAAUAAUGAGCAUUUUUUUGGAAAAAAAAAGUCACUCUAGGGAAGUGAGUACAGUUGGCAAAGCCAGCAUUAAUCACUAGUCACCAACUGGCCUUGAGGAAGUGCAGCAAACAUGUGCAGAAGGCACUCACUGUGCUGUUAGUUAGACAGUUUCAGAGUAUUAACCCAGCAGGGGCAAUAGAUCUUCACUUCAGGAUGGUGCGUUCCUUGGAGCACUUGCAGGUGCUAGAGCUCCCAUGUUCCUGCUGCCCUUGUCCUUCUAGGUGGUAAAGGUUACAGUUUUGAAAGGUGUUGUCAGAGCAGACUUGGCAAAUUGAAUGUGGUUAGUCCAGGCUCACUGCACCAGUGGUAGAGAGAGUAAAUGUUUAAGGUGGAAGAUGGGCUCCAAAUUAAAGAGGCAGCUUUGUCCUGAAUUGUGAGAGUGUCUGCUGUGUUCUACAAAACAUCCGUGCGUUACUGCAAAAUGGAAAUUGCUUUGUGUGUUGGAGUAUAUCUGGAUCCUCUGUAUCAUGUAGCAAGGUUUUACAAUCAACUUGAAUUUUGGGAGAGCCAUGUUGGGAAUAGAUUUGUGUAUAUUUUUAUUGUGGAACACAUUUUGUUUCAUAAAAUUGACCUGGUGCACACAA